AUGGCGACCAUUCAUCAUAAUCCCCCUUUUCGCGCCGAACAUUUGGGUUCUCUUCUUCGCCCAGCAGAGCUUCUCACCAAGCGUGGUGCUUUUGAGAAGAAUAAUCUAAGCCAGGAAGAACUUACACAAAUUGAGAAUGAUUCUAUCAAGCAGGUAGUAGAGCUACAAAAAGAGUGCGGAUUUAGGGCCGUCAGUGAUGGGGAAUAUCGACGCGCUGUAUUUUGGGGAACGUUUUUCGAGGAGCUCGACGGCAUGACCGAAAUUCGCAACCCUUCUAUGGAUAUUUUCCGUCCAUACGUUCCUGAUAUCGCUGGAUUCAUCGAGAAAGGUCACAAGCCAGGUCAAUCUUGCCUCUGCACCGGCAAAAUAAAGCACACUGGAAAGUCGACACUCAUUGGUCAAUUCGAGUAUUUAAAAACUCUUGUUCAUGAAGAGAGAUGGGGUGAUAUCAAACUGACAAUGAUUGCCCCACCGUGGUAUCAUCUUAGAUAUAAGGAUGGAAAGGCUUUCCCUAAAGAAGUAUACGCAAACGAUGAGGAAUACUUUUCAGAUAUCUCGAAAGCUGUCAGUGCAGAGUUGGACAUCUUGUACAAAGCUGGACUCAGAAAUGUGCAGUUUGAUGACCCAAAUUUCGCAUAUUUCUGUUCCGAGAAAAUGUUGAAGGGUUGGGAGGAAGACAAAUCUAACACUAAAACUGCUGAAGAGUUGCUUGAUGCCUAUAUCAAGUGUUAUAAUGACAGCAUCGAGAAACAUACCUCGAAAAUGCAUUUUGGUCUACACAUUUGCAGGGGUAACUUUAUGGGAUCACGUCACUUUUCCGAAGGAGGUUAUGAUCGUAUUGCUACUAAGCUCUUUCAGAACCUGAAUGUAGCAACAUACUACCUCGAAUAUGACACACCACGGGCCGGAGGCUUUGAGCCACUGCUCUACCUCCCAUCUCACAAGAACGUUAUUCUUGGAGUCAUCACCUCAAAGUUUCCAGAACUCGAAGACAAAGAGGAGAUGAAGGCAAGAGUUAUGGAAGCUGCCGAUAUAGUAGCAAAAGGAGCAGGUCAAACGAGAGAAGAAGCAUUAAAGAGAUUGGGAGUAAGCCCUCAAUGUGGGUUUGCUAGUCACGAGGAGGGUAAUUCAUUAGGAUGGGAAGAUAUGAAGAACAAGUUACUUUUGGUUAGAAGUAUUGCAGAUGAUAUCUGGCCUGGUGAAGCUUAA